GCCUCUCCCCUAGGGGCGGGGCCAGGCGUGCGAGCCAAUGAAUGGCCGCCCCUGGGGCCCCGCCCCGCCCCCGCCUCCGGAGCCGCGGCCUGCGCUGAGCACCCAACCGCCCCUCGCCCAGGCCCGGGGCCGCACGAGCGCCGAACCUCGGGCUGCGCCCCGCCUCAGGACACCAAGAUGCCUGGCGAACAGCAGGCAGAGGAGGAGGAGGAAGAGAUGCAGGAGGAGAUGGUGCUGCUGGUGAAGGGUGAGGAGGAGGAGGGUGAGGAGAAGUAUGAGGUGGUGAAACUCAAGAUCCCUGUGGACAACAAGGAGGUUGCCAGCCAGAUGCCAGCGCCGUCGGCCGACCCGGCGCGCCCCCACGCGUGCCCGGACUGCGGCCGCGCCUUUGCGCGCCGCUCCACCCUAGCCAAGCACGCGCGCACGCACACGGGCGAGCGCCCCUUCGCGUGUACCGAGUGCGGCCGCUGCUUCUCGCAGAAGUCGGCGCUGACCAAGCACGGCCGCACGCACACGGGCGAGCGACCCUACCAGUGCCCGGAGUGCGACAAGCGCUUCUCGGCCGCCUCGAACCUGCGGCAGCACCGGCGGCGGCACACGGGCGAGAAGCCGUACGCCUGCGCGCACUGCGGCCGGCGCUUCGCGCAGAGCUCCAACUACGCGCAGCACCUGCGCGUGCACACGGGCGAGAAGCCUUACGCGUGCCCGGACUGCGGACGAGCCUUCGGCGGAAGUUCGUGCCUGGCGCGCCACCGGCGCACGCACACGGGCGAGCGCCCGUACGCAUGCGCCGACUGCGGCACGCGCUUCGCCCAGAGCUCGGCGCUGGCCAAGCACCGGCGCGUGCACACGGGCGAGAAGCCGCACCGCUGCGCCGUGUGCGGCCGGCGCUUCGGCCACCGCUCUAACCUGGCGGAGCACGCGCGCACGCAUACGGGCGAGCGGCCCUACCCGUGCACGGAGUGCGGCCGGCGCUUCCGCCUCAGCUCGCACUUCAUCCGCCACCGGCGCGCGCACAUGCGGCGCCGCCUCUACAUCUGCGCGGGCUGCGGCCGAGACUUCAAGCUCCCCGCCAGUGCCACAGCCGCCACGCCCACCGAGCGCUGCCCGGAGUGCGAGGGCAGCUGAGCCACGGCGGGGCAGCGGAGGGCGCCUGGGCUCCUUCCUCGCCCACACCUUGGUCGGGGCGCUCCAGGACUGGGCGACAGGGAGUGCCCUGCCGGGGUCCCCGGAAACCGUGCCCCGUCCCCAGCCACAUUCCCUUGGCCCUUCUGAGUGAAUAAAGUAUUCUAUCUUCA